AUGUGCGAUGCGAACGGGCAGUUGACAGACGAGGCGGCUGCUCUCAUUGAGCAACACCAAGCCUUCUUGAUUUUUGACAAAGAAAACUGGGACCUGGUUGCAUAUGGAACAUGGUGGCCAGAUCAAACCCGAAAGAUCUCAGCCUUCCAACCUAAAAAGGUCCGAUAUGUCCGAGUGUCAGCCCCUGCUCCAAAGGGAAUCGCUAUCGCAGAUAUCAGACUAUACGAAACGGAAUUCAUCCCACCGAACGCUUCCCUUAGAGCUUGGGGCCCUACCAUCGACUUUCCUCUCAUUCCAGUCGCCGGUGCAAUCGAUGCAAACUCCGGCGAGGCCGUCGCCUGGUCUUCUUGGGGUUACAACAUCUUCACUGGUGGCAAAGGGGGCAAGACACAAACUGCUACCCGGAACGGGGAAAGCCAGUCAGUCACGAGACGCGCAAUUACCAAUACCCAGCAUGAUAUGUUUUGUCCGGGUCUUUCAAUUGACGCGAAUGGAAAUUUUGUCGUAUCUGGGGGGCAAGAUGCCAGGGCAACUAGCAUAUACAACACGACCGUCUAUGACUGGUUCAGGGCAGGACAUUUGAAUGUCUUUCGCGGAUAUCAAUCUUCCACGACCUUGUCCGAUGGGCGCAUCUUCUUAAUUGGAGGAUCGUGGCAGGGAGGUGUUGGCAUCAAAAAUGGGGAAGUCUACGACGCCAAAGCGAAUGCUUGGACGGAAAUCGACGGUGCAGACGUGAAGAAGAUGUACACACAAGACCAGCGGACCUACAGACAGGAUAAUUAUCCCUGGCUAUUUGGUUGGACCAAUGGCUCCGUUUUCCAGGCCGGUCCCAGUGUACAAAUGAACUGGUUUGAUGCCAUGUGUGGAAAGGCAGUGAUGUAUGAACAAGGCAAAAUUCUUGCCUUUGGUGGCUCUCCAUGUCAACAAAAAGCCUCGGUCCUUGCAAAUGCAGGAGGUGGAAUGAACUACGAGCGAACCUUCCACUCGUCCGUCGUCCUACCAGACGGCUCUGUAUUUCACGGUGGUCAGGUUGUCGGAUUGCCAUUCAACGAAAGCCAGCCUCAGAUGACACCGGAGCUGUUUAUUCCUGAACCUAAGAGUGCUACCGGAGGUGCAUGGGUCAAGCAGCAGAAAAACUCGAUCGUCCGAGAGUGUCACAUCAUCUCCCUAUUGCUUCGAGAUGGUACUGUCUUCACUGGUGGUGGCGGUCUAUGCGGAGAUUGUGACGCCAAUCAUUUCGAUGGCCAAAUCUACACCCGCGUAUCUGCUCAAUUCCGAUGGAUCUCUUCGUGA